AUGACAUUAGCAACUCAAUUCGCAGAAACCACCCAUCGUUCAGCCACCCAAGCUGAAUUACGUAAAAGAGUCUUACAUUUAUAUCGUAGAUACAUAAGAAAUGCCAAAACAUUUUCUGAUCUUUAUGAAUUAGAUAUGCCAGUUUCAAAUAUUAAGACUAAGAUUAGACAAGAAUUUGAAAGACAAAGAUUUGUGACUAAUUUAGAUGUUGGAAAUGUGUUAUAUAUGAAGGGACAAAUGGAAUUUCAAGAGAUUAUUAAUUUUUGGAAACAACAAUGUCAUGUUAUGAGAUAUUUUGAUGAACAAAAUUCUUAUAAUGUUGUUGAUAAGAAUGAUUUCGUGAAGAAUUUCUUGAGAGGGAAUUAA